AGGUUCAACAAAGAAGCCUUACCGAUACAAGCCAAAAACUGUUGCUCUCAGAGAGAUUCGCCAAUUCCAGAAGAGCACAAAACUUCUAAUUCCAGCUGCUAGUUUUAUUAGAGAACUUAAUCGGCCCUAAUUUUUUCACAGUUGGCUGGCACUUCAUCAGAAAAACAAUGACAUCCAUUGCUGGUACUGAUAACCUUGCUUGGAGUGAUGAGCAAACCCGUUUCUAUCUUCAACUAAGAGUUGAUGAGAAACUUAAAGGAAAUAUAAGAAAAGACAAAGUGAAUGAUGUUGCGAUACAAUCCAUUAUAGACAAGUUUGCUGAGACUUUUGGUGAAAGGCAUCCAUGGAGGAAAUUCGGCAUUAAGUAUACUACUUGUAAGAAGCAGUAUGAAUCCUUUAGGAAGCUGACUCACAACAGAACAAGGCUUGGAUACCAUUCAAAUGGGUCCAUUGAUAUGUUUGAAGACUGGUGGAAUGAGAGGUGUAAGGUACUGGUUGUCAUGAGCAGAUACCAGUCAUGCACACUUCAAGAGAUCAUAGAUCACAUGGAGAACACUUUUCAUCAGCCAGACUCACUGACCCUGCCCAUGAGAGUCGAUCUUGCGUGUAAUGCUCUCGAACAGUUAUUGAAAGAUGAAAUUGUAGAUAUAGAAAAGAAACAGUAAAAGUAUGAAAAUAGAUAUAAAGCAUUGGCUGAGCUUCAAACUACAAAAAUGCUUCAGGACGAAGCCAACAUUGAAGCGAAGCUAAGAAAAGCAGAAAUUAUGGUUCGAAAGAUGAACAAGAGCAAAACCCAACCCAUCACCAUAUAGCUAAUGCUAGUGAUGUACUCAAACUGGAAGGAAGCUUAUUCGUUAGAGAAUCAAUUGAUGCUGCAGGAAAGGCAACAAAAAUGUAUAUUCGGGAAAAGGGUAAUGGAAAUGCCGAAUUUGAAGCCAAAAUUCUCAAGCUCGCUAACAGCAUCUAUUGGUGCAUGUGUUGCAUAACUUUUAGGGAUUACAAGGAGAUUAUUGAUCCCGAUCACGCAGCAACAAUUGUAGCUACAACAGCAUUGUCUCCGAUCACUCUUGCCUUAACGUAUAUUAAGCCAACAAGCCUAAACCUCUUACGAGAAAUGUGGAAUUAUGUUUACACUACGUUGUCUACACCAGGAGGAGCUGCAUACGAACUCUAUACCAAUGAUUGGUGGUGGUUUUUUCUUGAAUCUCUGAAUAAAUAGUAUUUGGACUAUGUUGCUUUUAUCUUCCUGAAUCUCCAGUACUUGUAGUUGAUCAGUUUUUGUCUUCUCUUUAUGUUCCUAAACUAUUUGGA